CUUAAUUGACCGGGGCAGCUCUAGCAGGACAGAAAUUUGACAAACUGACUUGUUGGUAAGGUGGCAUCCUAUGACGGUACCACAUUGAAAGUCACUGAGCUCUUCAUAUGAAAGGAGAGUGUCUCACCAGCGGUCACACUCCAGGAGGCAAGCAGCUUCACAGCACAUUCUGACCAUCACACACAGGCUUGGAGAGAGAGGGAGAGAGCGAGAGAGACCGAAUCAGCACCUAACACACAUUGCCAGAACCUGCUCGCUCCAGGGUGAGGAAUUCUUUACUUAAAAAGAUUGAAUUUCUCAAACCAGCAUUACUAUCUGUCCUCUCUCUCUGACAUGGAGCUCCACCGCCUCCGACACCACCACAUCCACCGGACUGACGACAAGCUCCAGAUGCUGAACCUCAACCAACGCCUGGAGACCUACCUGGGCCAAGUGAGGCUGCUGGAGAAGGAGAACAAGCUACUAUGCCAGGAGAUCCAGGCCCUGAGGGGCAGCGGCCAGGGGGGGCAGAUGGGCCUGGAGGACAAGCUGAGCCUGGCUAGGCAAGAGGUAGAGGAAGUCUGGAGGGAGAAGGAUCGGGUGGAGCUGGAGCUAGGGAGCCUGGGUGAAGAGCUCCACGUCCUGGGGCUGCAGAGACAGUGGGAGGCGGACGCCCAUGGGGAGGUGAAGAAGAAGCUGGCAGACAGCAGGAAGCAGAUGGAGGAGGAGAGGAGGGCUCAGAUCUGGUUAGGAGAGAAGGUGAGCCAGCUAGAGAAACAAAUCCAGUUCCAGAUAAAAACCCACCAGGAAGAUGUUGCCGGCUUCCAGGCUACACUAAUCCAUGUCAGACCUGCACUGCCACCCCCUCAACCCCAAACGUGCACCCAGCUGCCCAGCCUCCAGGAGCUGGGUGAGGAGUACUCCCAGAUGGCUGUCAGGGCGUGGCAUGAGGCGGCCAUGGUGUUUCAGGGCCAGGUAGACAGCCUGGACGAGUCUCUAAACCAGGCCAGAACCCAGUUGGCCCAGGUGGUCCAGGAGAAGAAUGAGAGCCAGCUGAAACUUCAGGCCCUGGAGAAUGAGCUGCAAUCAGCCCAGGAUAGAAGGCAGUGUCUGGAGAGAAGUGUGGUCAAACAGAGAGACAUGCAGAGGCAAGAGAUACAAAACCUGCAGGCCCAUCUGGACGUGUUGGAGAUGGAGAAGGGGUCGCUGGGAAAUCAGAUUGACACUCUCCUGACAGAAAGUAGGGGUCUGCUGCAGCUGAAGAUGUCUCUGGGCAUGGAGGUGGCCACAUACAGCGCUUUACUGGACAAUGAAAGUCUGCAGGGGGAUUUCUCUUCAACAAAUCAGCUAAGGAGUAUCUACAUCUCUGAUGGAGUGCCCAGCUCCCGAGGGGUUAAGCAAAGCUUCCAAACACAGCUGGCAACCAGUCACAUGGUCAGGCCCAUCUCUACCAUCCAUAGAGCAAGCCCACGAUCCAAUGUGACAAUGAUGUCCGCAUCACCAAUCUGGACUCGAAAUCGGGUAACCCUGAAUGAAACACCUGAGAGUUGUCGAAAGACAGAAGAGCAAAUCGACUUUGGCGUAGGGUCCAACCACCAGGUAAGUUGUUCAACGCCUUACCCCAAAGUACCACAGGACGGAAUUUCAGCCGACCCCUUCAGACCCCAAGAUGUCCAUAAAGAAGUCAACUAUACUGAGCCUCUCUCACCUCCCACUGAGGAGGCAGGAGUUGAUGUUGUAUCUUUGCUUGGAUCUGACCACAAGGAACAAUCCAUGUGGGAUAUGGAAAAGGAGGAAGAGGAUCAGAACAUAGUCAGAACCUGGUUUGCUGAAGAGAAACCCGUUCUGGAAUCUGCCAUGAGUCACCGGGUCGAGACCAGCUUCAGUAUGCCAACUGUGUUCAGCACUGAUGCUCAAGAGCUCUACAGCCCUUCAGUGAGCUAUGAGAGAGCAAGUUCGGUGACAGGGGCACAUUCUGCUUUCUCGGCGAAUGAUGAUAAUGAUGUACCUUUUGAAAUGUCUUUUGAAAAAGAGGAACCUCUACUAGAUAUGCCUUACGGUCCCAUGAAUGCAUCAGAGGAAAGAGAUCUUGAAACAGCAAAGAAAGAUGCUGAAUGGGCGGGAAACGAAGGCUUGGAAUCUGAAACUGCAUCAGUGCUAGAGCAAGCAUUUGAGACCUUCACAAGCAGUCAAGCUUUUGAGUAUGGGGCGGGGAAAAGUUACAGCAAGCCAAUAGAGCUCAACCAAGAGGACAAUACGUCAUAUGAAUCCACUCAAGCCUCCCACGGUUCAGAAGAGGCAUUUCGCCAUGUUAAAAGACUGGAGGAAGAUGUUAUUCAUCUCCCAAAAGAGGAUGACAAUUAUAUGUCUAACAAACAUGAGGAGCAAUUGGAAGAUGAAUUGCACCCCUAUGGGUAUGGUAAGGAUAAUCGUGAAAGAUUGCGAGGAUUCAUUAAGGAAAAUGAUAUGACAGAAAUAAUCGAUAAGUUCAACCAAGAGGAGAUGAUCUCAUAUGAAUCUGCUCAAGCUUCUCACUGGUCAGAAGAGGUAUUUCACCAUGUUGAAAGAGUGGAGGAAGGUGACAUAAAUUUCACAAAAGUGGAUGAUGAAAAUGAUAUGUCUAACAAACGUGAGGAACAACAUGCACUGAACCCCAAUGGGGAUGUAAAGGAUGAAUGGGAUAGAGUGGGAGGGUACAAUGAAGAGAAUGGAAUUGGAGAAAGAAUGGAUGAUUGGAAAGAAGCAAAGUAUCAUGUGAAAGAGGAAGAGAUGUGGAAUAACAGAGAAACCCAACCCAAUCGGUCUGAUCAAGGGUAUAUACCUUCAAAUGAAGAGAAACUAAAUCAAUUUGAGCAAGAGCAAAUACCUUCAGGCAGAGAGAAACUGAAUCAGUCUGAGCAAAGGUAUAUCAAUUCAAACGGAGAGAAACUGAAUCAAUCUGAGCCAGAGCAUAUACCUUCAGGCGGAGAGAAACUGAAUAUAUCCGACAAUGACAAAGAGGAUCAUGAUGAGGCAAACUACUGUCAAAAUAAUUCUGUUUCAUGGAGGGCUGAGCUAGAAGGCGACAGCUAUGCUCAGGACAACACACUAGCCGACACACACCCCUUGAUCCGUUACAAGAGUGACGAGACGGAUGUCAACACUCAGGCUUCACACAUGGGCGAGAGUGACUCCAGUGAUGGUGAAGAGGACAGGGAGGUUUGCCAGACAGGAACAGACACCUGGGGUGAAGGCAAGUCCAAACAGUUUGACACCAUGGAGGAUCUGUAUGAAGAGUCAGAAGGAGAUGUCAUAGAUCAGGACCGUAACAUGGGCUCCACUCACCAAGAGGACGUGGAUGCUAGCCAAACAAAGGAGCAUGCUACACAGGAGAACGAUGAGGAGAAUGCUGUAGAUCAGUUGAUUCAGGAGGCAGAAGAGGAGCAAUCCUAUGAGGAACUUACAGAACCUGGAGAGUACUCCAUGCUGUGCUCUGAUGAGGACUAUAAUGAAGAAAGAAUUGAUAGAUUGGUGGAGCAAGAGCUAGAGAAUUUAUCUAUAUCCAGUUACAGUGAACACUUUACUGGGCAGAUGAUUGAGAGCGAGUCAGUACUGAGUCUUCAAAUUGAGUCUCACACUGAACUUUCCCAGACACAAGACAUAUUAUACAGUGAGGAGGUAGAGCAGAUACACUCAGAGAGACUGAAUCAAUCUGAGCAAGAGUAUAUACCCUCAGGCGGAGAGAAACUGAAUCUAAAUGCACAAGAACACAUACCCUCAGAUGGAGAGAAAAUGAAUCAAUCUGAACAAGAGGAUAUAACUUCAGGAGGAGAGAAACUGAAUCAAUCUGAACAAGAGUAUAUAACUUCAGGCGGAGAGAAACAGAACGUAAAUGCACAAGAACACAUACCAACAGACGGAGAGAAAAUGAAUCAAUCCGAGUCAGAGUAUAUAACUUCAGGUGGAGAGAAACUGAAUCAAUCCGAGUCAGAGUACAUAACUUCAGGCGGAGAGAAACUGAAUCUAUAUGUGCAAGAACACAUACCCUCAGAUGGAGAGAAACUGAAUCAAUCCGAGACAGAGGAUAUAACUUCAGGCGGAGAGACAAUGGAUAUAUGUGAGCAAGAACAUAUACCCUCAGAUGGAGAGAAAAUGUAUCAAUCCGAGCCAGAGCAUAUACCUUCAAAGAGAGAGAAACUGAAUCAAUCUGGACGCGAAAAUAUACCUUUAGGUGGAGAGAAACUGAAUCAAUCUGGGCGAGAAAAUAUACCUUUAGGUGGAGAGAAAAUGAAUCAAUUCGAGCCAGAGGAUAUAACUUCAGGCGGAGAGACACUGGAUAUAUGUGAGCAAGAACAUAUACCCUCAGAUGGAGAGAAAAUGUAUCAAUCCGAGCCAGAGCAUAUACGUUCAAACAGAGAGAAACUGAAUCAAUCUGGACGCGAAAAUAUACCUUUAGGUGGAGAGAAACUGAAUCAAUCUGGGCGAGAAAAUAUACCUUUAGGUGGAGAGAAAAUGAAUCAAUUCGAGCCAGAGGAUAUAACUUCAGGCGGAGAGACACUGGAUAUAUGUGAGCAAGAACAUAUACCCUCAGUUGGAGAGAAAAUGUAUCAAUCCGAGCCAGAGCAUAUACGUUCAAACAGAGAGAAACUGAAUCAAUCUGAACAAGAGUAUAUAACUUCAGGCGGAGAGAAACAGAACGUAAAUGCACAAGAACACAUACCAACAGACGGAGAGAAAAUGAAUCAAUCCGAGUCAGAGUAUAUAACUUCAGGUGGAGAGAAACUGAAUCAAUCCGAGUCAGAGUACAUAACUUCAGGCGGAGAGAAACUGAAUCUAUAUGUGCAAGAACACAUACCCUCAGAUGGAGAGAAACUGAAUCAAUCCGAGACAGAGGAUAUAACUUCAGGCGGAGAGACAAUGGAUAUAUGUGAGCAAGAACAUAUACCCUCAGAUGGAGAGAAAAUGUAUCAAUCCGAGCCAGAGCAUAUACCUUCAAAGAGAGAGAAACUGAAUCAAUCUGGACGCGAAAAUAUACCUUUAGGUGGAGAGAAACUGAAUCAAUCUGGGCGAGAAAAUAUACCUUUAGGUGGAGAGAAAAUGAAUCAAUUCGAGCCAGAGGAUAUAACUUCAGGCGGAGAGACACUGGAUAUAUGUGAGCAAGAACAUAUACCCUCAGAUGGAGAGAAAAUGUAUCAAUCCGAGCCAGAGCAUAUACCUUCAAACAGAGAGAAACUGAAUCAAUCUGGACGCGAAAAUAUACCUUUAGGUGGAGAGAAAAUGAAUCAAUCCGAGCCAGAGGAUAUAACUUCAGGCGGAGAGACACUGGAUAUAUGUGAGCAAGAACAUAUACCCUCAGAUGGAGAGAAAAUGUAUCAAUCCGAGCCAGAGCAUAUACCUUCAAACAGAGAGAAACUAAAUCAAUCUGAACAAGAGUAUAUAACUUCAGGCGGAGAGAAACAGAACGUAAAUGCACAAGAACACAUACCAACAAACGGAGAGAAAAUGGAUCAAUCCGAGCCAGAGUACAUAACUUCAGGCGGAGAGAAACUGAAUCAAUCCGAGCCAGAGUACAUAACUUCAGGCGGAGAGAAACUGAAUCAAUCCGAGCCAGAGUACAUAACUUCAGGCGGAGAGAAACUGAAUCUAUAUGUGCAAGAACACAUACCCUCAGAUGGAGAGAAACUGAAUCAAUCUGAACAAGAGGAUAUAACUUCAGGAGGAGAGAAACUGAAUCAAUCUGAGCCAGAGUAUAUAAUUUCAGGCGGAGAGAAACUGAAUCAAUCCGAGACAGAGGAUAUAACUUCAGGCGGAGAGACAAUGGAUAUAUGUGAGCAAGAACAUAUACCCUCAGAUGGAGAGAAAAUGUAUCAAUCCGAGCCAGAGCAUAUACCUUCAAACAGAGAGAAACUGAAUCAAUCUGGACGCGAAAAUAUACCUUUAGGUGGAGAGAAAAUGAAUCAAUCCGAGCCAGAGGAUAUAACUUCAGGCGGAGAGACACUGGAUAUAUGUGAGCAAGAACAUAUACCCUCAGAUGGAGAGAAAAUGUAUCAAUCCGAGCCAGAGCAUAUACCUUCAAACAGAGAGAAACUAAAUCAAUCUGAACAAGAGUAUAUAACUUCAGGCGGAGAGAAACAGAACAUAAAUGCACAAGAACACAUACCAACAAACGGAGAGAAAAUGGAUCAAUCCGAGCCAGAGUACAUAACUUCAGGCGGAGAGAAACUGAAUCUAUAUGUGCAAGAACACAUACCCUCAGAUGGAGAGAAACUGAAUCAAUCUGAACAAGAGGAUAUAACUUCAGGCGGAGAGAAACUGAAUCAAUCCGAGCCAGAGUACAUAACUUCAGGCGGAGAGAAACUGAAUCUAUAUGUGCAAGAACACAUACCCUCAGAUGGAGAGAAACUGAAUCAAUCUGAACAAGAGUAUAUAACUUCAGGCGGAGAGAAACAGAACGUAAAUGCACAAGAACACAUACCAACAAACGGAGAGAAAAUGGAUCAAUCCGAGCCAGAGUAUAUACCUUCAGGCGGAGAGAAACGGAAUCAAUCCGAGCAAGAAAAUAUACCUUCAGGCAGAGAGACACUGGAUAUAUGUGAGCAAGAACAUAUACCCUCAGACAGAGAGAAAAUGAAUCAAUCCGGUCCAGAGUAUAUACCUUCAGGUGGAGAGAAACUGAAUCAGUCUGUGCAAGAGUGUAUACCUUCAGGUGCAGAGAAACUGAAUCAGUUUGAGCAAGAGUGUAUACCUUCAGGUGCAGAGAAACUGAAUCAGUCUGAGCAAGAGUGUAUACCUUCAGGUGCAGAGAAACUGAAUCAGUUUGAGCAAGAGUGUAUACCUUCAGGUGCAGAGAAACUGAAUCAGUUUGAGCAAGAGUGUAUACCUUCAGGUGCAGAGAAACUGAAUCAGUCUGAGCAAGAGUGUAUACCUUCAGGUGCAGAGAAACUGAAUCAGUUUGAGCAAGAGUGUAUACCUUCAGGUGCAGAGAAACUGAAUCAGUCUGAGCAAGAGUGUAUACCUUCAGGUGCAGAGAAACUGAAUCAGUCUGAGCAAGAGUGUAUACCUUCAGGUGCAGAGAAACUGAAUCAGUCUGAGCAAGAGUGUAUACCUUCAGGUGCAGAGAAACUGAAUCAGUCUGAGCAAGAGUGUAUACCUUCAGGUGCAGAGAAACUGAAUCAGUCUGAGCAAGAGUGUAUACCUUCAGGUGCAGAGAAACUGAAUCAGUCUGAGCAAGAGUGUAUACCUUCAGGUGCAGAGAAACUGAAUCAGUCUGAGCAAGAGUGUAUACCUUCAGGUGCAGAGAAACUGAAUCAGUCUGAGCAAGAGUGUAUUUCCUCAAAGGUUAUGUAUUCGGUGCACUCUAGGAUUCUAAUGACAUCUGAUCACACAUCUCUUAGAGAAGGUUCAGUAGAAAUAUCCAAAGAAGAAUAUUUGGCUCAAGGUAAGGUAUUCAGUGGGGGACUGGGAACUGAAGCUGUACCAGACAAAAUAGAAGGACAGGAUGACCAGAGCCUUUAUAUGUCAACUCAUGCAGACUUCACUGAAAUCCAUUCUAUCUACAGCAGUUUAAACAGCAGGCCUGAGAGUCAAACCGACAUGAACAACUUGGAUAUAGAAGAGUCCAACAGCACAGAUGAUGAGUCGCCAAAUGCAAGCCAGUAUUUGCAACCUGUCACCAAAGCAAAUCUAACUGCAGAUCAGGAAGACUUGUUAGAUGUGGCAGUCUCUCACUAUGAGGAUUGCAAUACUCUUAUUGAACAUUCUGCAGAAGAGGUCACUAGCUAUCAGGCAAGUAAUGAAUGUCUUCAGACAGAUGAAUGGGAAGUCUUAGAAAGUCCAAACAAACACCUAGAAUCUGGAGAUCCUUUUGCAGGUCACAAGAGAGACUCGGAGAGAUCAUCCAAAACUGACAGCGAAGGCCGGGACCUCCACAGCUUCCUCAGCUCUGGUGUACACAACAACUUCUGGGGUUCCAAUCUGGAGACAGGAGCCCCCUAUCAACCGGAUGAGCCAUAUGACCAUGUGACCGAGCUACCCAAUCAGAACCUAGCCUUGGCUAACAACCUAUCCUGGGUGGAUUUGGAGAAUCCACAGGCAACUAAUUGGAACACAAAGAUGGACAGUGACACACCUAAAGCUUCCACCCUUGAAGAAGAGGACAAACAGAUGCCCUCACAGGUGAAGCAGCUGGUUUGUAAAGAUGUGGUAGAGGGUGUGAAUGUUACUUCUGAAGGUUCUGAAGGUGGAGACUCCUGGUCAUCUGGGGAAGAAUAGGAACAAUUUCAGCAUGGUUUCUAUAAAGGAGUAAAGUAGAAGUAACAAGUGUUACUGAGAGUGUAAAACUAUUUACAUUUUACAGGCUUUGAAUUUGAGCAUUGAUUCACAUUGAUCCUCACAGUGGAAAGUAAAUGAAACGAUAAUUUCAUCCAAACAUGAAUGUACUAUGUCACAGAAUGUCAUGACAAUUCAGUGCUGUCCGGGAUCCUUGGGAUGUCCCUACCCUAAACCCUAACUAUAACCAUAAUCCUUACCUACACCAUUUAAAAUGUCAACUUCAAUGGGGUAGGGACGUCCCAAGGAUGCGAGAUAGCACAGACCGUCAAAUAUUUAUGCUGUUUUCAAAAACCAAAAAGUUGUGCUUUGGUACACACCCUGCUGGCACUAACCACCAGUGUACCUACUCCAUUUCAAGACAUUGAGGGCCAUUUUUUGUAAGUUUUACAAAUUGAUGAACAAAAGUAACUUAAUUAAAAACCAAAGAAAGGACAUUUGAAAGUCAAAGCAUUCCGAACUGGCAUUAAUUGAUAGUUGAUUUGAUUGCACUGAUUGAUUUCCUGACUCAGCCCCUGUCCUUCAAUCAGAGCAAAAGUGAGAACCAAGGUAUUUCACUGCACAAGACCUGGGAGCUUGUUUAUUCUAGCAGCAACUGUUAUCUUAACAUCUUAAGUCCAUUUGAUAAGGACUCCAGCUGUGCCUUCAGAAAGUAUUCAUACCCCUUUAACUUACUCCAUUGAAUAGUGUUAUUUAUGAUUAUCAUUUGAUAUUUCAACUCACACACACUACAAGCAGCAAAUCAAAUCAAAUUGCAUUAGUCACAUGCGCCGAAUACAACAGGUGUAGUAGACCCUACAGUGAAAUGCUUACUUACGAGCCCCUAACCGACAGUGCCUGUUUAAAAAAAUACAGAUAAGAAUAAGAGAUAAAAGUAACAAGUAAUUAAAGAGGAGCAGUAAAAAAUAACAAUAUAUACAUGGGCGUGCCGGUACAGAGUCAAUGUGCAGGGGCACCGGUUAGUUGAGGUAGCAUGUACAUGUAGGUAGAGUUAUUAAAGUGAUUGUGCAUAGAUGACAACAGAGAGUGGCGGUGGGGUGGAGAGGGGGGGGUGAAUAGUCUGGGUAGCCAUUUGUCUAGAUGUUCAGCAGUGCAUGGUUUGAAAUCCCAGAAGAACAGUUUGCCUUCAUUUUAUUAAAGCGUUUCACAACACAGUGUCACAAUGUAUAACUAACAUACAAUGAAACAACAUGGUGCCAUAUUAGUUAUGCUUUGUUCACGAUUACAGCAAAAAUAAACUUGUGUUGUUCUUUGGCUAGUGUUCUCUCUGUAGAAAUGCACGCAAAAAAAGCAUACCUGGAAAAAUAAAACAAAUUGACAAAUA